AUUUGUAGUUGUGCUGUUGUUGCCUUGUUGCUUGUAGUUAUUUUUCGUUUAACUAUAGAUUAAAUAAUAAUAUAAGAUUGAAAAAUGGCUGAUGAGGAGUAUGAUGGUGAGGAUGCGGGAGCUGAUUAUGACGACAUUGCGGAGGAAGAUAAUAAUAUUGAAGAAGUAGAGGAACAAGAGGAGGAUGGUUACAACGUGCAAUGUUUAGCCCCAGGACAAGCCGGCGGUGGAGUAGAGAAAUCAAAGAGAAUAACCACACGAUACAUGACUAAAUACGAAAGAGCUAGGGUUCUAGGGACUAGAGCCUUGCAAAUAGCAAUGUGCGCACCUGUCAUGGUUGAAUUGGAGGGAGAGACUGACCCACUUCAGAUUGCUAUGAAAGAACUGAAGCAACGUAAAAUUCCUAUCAUCAUUCGCAGAUAUCUCCCAGACCAUUCUUAUGAAGAUUGGAGUAUAGAUGAAUUAAUUAUUAUUGACCAUUAGAUUUAAAUCCAUAAAAUAACGGUUAUUUAUGCUAAGCUGAAGUACAUCUAAUAUGAUGUAAAUUUCUAUUAUAAUUAAAUGCUAUAAUUGGAUUGUGAUGUUAAUCUCGAACCACACUGUAACAUUUAAAUUUAGUAUUUACUUUUAAAAACCUCAAAUGUAAAUGUUCAAUAUAUGAAAAUGUAAAA